CAGAGACACAAGCAAAUCAUACUCCAAAAGCAAAAGAACCAGCCAAAAUCAGCUCAAGAUGCGCGCCUUUAUCGUCAUGUGUUUGGUGGCAGUCGCCUGCGCCGAUAAGUUGGGAUACAACUACCAGCCGGUGGGUCACUCCAACUCGGGACUAUCCUUUGCUCCAGGAAGUGGCAGCAUUGGAGGAGGCUCCCUUGGAGGAGGCUCCCUUGGAGGAGGCUCCCUUGGAGGAGGCUCCCUUGGAGGAGGCUCCCUUGGAGGUGGCUCCCUUGGAGGUGGUUCCAUUGGCGGAGGACUCGACUCCGGUCUUGGUGGCUUAAGCGGUCUUGGUGGCCUGGGAGGUGGUGAUGCUCUGAGCGCCCCUGUCUCCUACAACGCCCCCGCUCCCUCUGGCGAACUCGAGAAGGAGUUCUUCUCCUACACCGCCAACGAGCAGGACUUCGAUGAGCCCCAGGAACUGGAGCGUGUGGCUGGAUCCGUGAACAAGGGUCUCCGUGUGGUCUUCAUCAAGGGACCCGAGAACAAGGGACUGGAGGAUGCUGCUCUGGCUCUGGCCAAGCAGGCUGCCCAGCAGGAGACCGCCAUCUAUGUCCUGAACAAGCAGGCCGACAUCGGAGAUCUUGCCCAGAAGCUGAACGCCAUCAAGAGCAACUCGAACAACAAGCCCGAGGUGCACUUCGUCAAGUACAGGACUCCUGAGGAUGCUGCCAACGCCCAGCGCGCCAUCCAGGGUCAGUACGACCAGCUGGGAGGAUCCUCUCAGGCUCAUGAUGGUGGCGUGGCCCCCGCCCUGAACUUCGCCUCCGCCGGUCCCGUCCAGAAGGCCCAGGCCCAGAUCCCCGAGAACUCCUACCUGCCCACCUCGUCUUCCGUCGCCUGCGCAUCUAGAAAGCCCCCUUAGACUUUUAAUAUUAAGCUACAAAUAUGGACUGAAGAACUCAUCUUCCUGUUACACGUUGUUGACUAAUGCAUAAUUACACCAAUAAAUUUGAAAUU